UAAUAUGCCAUACCACACACAAUUAUCAACAAGCCUAUAGUUUGUGGCUCUCAUUUAAUUUCCCAUACAUAUAUUUUUCAAACUUAGUCUUUACAAAACUCCAUGAACCAAAAACCAUUAAACUUCUCAGCCAAAAACUCUGCUGCAACCCAUCUUCUUGGCUUCAAACAACAGCCAUCCACCAUGACUGACACAGUGGAUAAACUAGUCAUCUUCUUAGCCAAAAGAGAUGGCAUAGACAAGCUUGUAAAGACCUUCCAAUAUGUCUCCAAGUUAGUUCACUGGCAUCUUGAAACCUCUCAUCCAGACAAGGCAACAAGAGCCAAGAAUUGGGAAGUUGCUUCGGGGCUCAGUCGAAAAGCCUUCCGAACCGGCCGCUUCCUGACCGGUUUCAAUGCCCUGCGACGCUCCCCUGGCUCCACCCCGACGUUUCGGUUCCUUGCUGUUCUUGCUAAUGCAGGUGAAAUGGUUUACUUCUUCUUUGAUCACUUGCUUUGGCUGUCAAGAAUUGGGACUCUUGAUGCAAAGUUAGCCAAAAAGAUGAGCUUUAUAUCAGCCUUUGGUGAGUCUUUUGGCUAUAUAUUCUUCAUAGUUGCUGAUAUUAUUAUGCUUAAACAAGGGAUUGAGGCAGAGAGAAAGCUGAGGAGUUCUGAAGAGGAUUCAAAAGAAGAGAGAGUGAACAAAAUUAAUGGUGAUAGAAUUAUGAGGCUGAUGGCAGUGGCAGCUAAUGUUGCAGAUUUGAUAAUUGGACUGGCUGAGAUUGAGCCUAAUCCAUUUUGCAACCAUACAAUCACUCUUGGGAUAAGUGGGUUGGUCUCUGCUUGGGCUGGUUGGUAUAGAAAUUGGCCCUCUUAGGAUCAAAAUGUUUACGUUACAUUUUUCAGUUUCCUAUGUUUCAUCAACUAUUAUAUCCAUUUCAUCUCUAUACUUUUGAAGGUUUUAUUAUAUUCCUUUCAUCUUUACCUCAAAAGUUAUGUCUAUGGUGUUGUUGAAAAGAGUAUUGAAAUUCAGCAA